AUGACCCUAUUUUCGCUGAUGAGUCUCCUGCUUGGGGCUGGUGCCCUUAUCGACGCCGCCCCAGCUCCAUCUGCCGUCCUCGACGCUGGUGUCAUCAUCGGUACAACCACGACGUUGCCAUCAUCAACAGUAAAGGUGAACAAGUUCCUUGGCAUUCCUUAUGCGCAGCCGCCAGUGGAUCAGAGGCGCUUCCUUCCACCGGAGCCCAUCGCCACCUUCAGACAAAGUCCACUGAAAGCUACCGCAUGGGGAAGCAAAUGCUUGGAUUAUACCAGUAAUGACGACGGGAUCCCUGAGAGCGAGGACUGCUUGUUUGUGAACGUCUACGCCCCAGAUCAGGUGGACUGCUCAACCGCCGGGCGGCCGGUCCUGCUCUGGAUUCACGGCGGAUGGCUGCGGACGGGGACAGCAAGCCAUCCCAUGUUCGACGGGACCGGAUUCGCUUCGGAGCACGGUCUUGUCGUCGUGACAUUCAACUACCGGCUCAAUGUGUUCGGCUUUCCAAACUCGCCCCAGCUUUCUCUAGAGGAGCAGAACCUUGGCUUCCUUGACCAGCGCCUUGCUCUAGACUGGGUGCAGUCCAACAUCCACGCAUUCGGCGGCGACCCUUCCAAGGUCACCAUCGCGGGCGAGUCAUCUGGCGGGGGCUCGGUCGAUCGUCUGGUUACCACCAUGCACUCUAAUCCACCCUUUCGCGCCGCAGCGUGCUCAAGUGGCCAAGCAACGGUCAGUGCCAUCGGAAGGGAGGCCGGGCCACUAUCCUGGGCGGCGCUUGCCUCUCUUGUUGGCUGCUCCUCCGGGGACGACGAGAUCGCAUGUGUACGUGCCACGGAUGGCAGAACCAUCCGAGACGUGAUAGUGGCCAACGGCCUCGACUUCAGCCCCGUCAACGACAAUGUCACGCAGAUGGAGCUUCCGUAUCUGCCAGCUCGCGCGGCGGGGGCCGUCGCAAAUGUGCCCCUGUUGAUCGGCUCCACGGGACAAGAAGGAACCUAUUUGGCCAUUCAGUACAGCGUCAACAUCUCAGCCGUCACUGAGCCGGAGGUGGUGCAACUUAUCGGCUUCAUCAGUGGCGGUGAUACUCAGAUUGCCGAGGCAAUCAUGCAGGUUGUUCUUCUUAUUCAGCAAAGCACUGGCAUUCCGCUAUUCUAUGCUGCCGUUCAGGUCUUUACUGAGCUCAUUUACCAAUGUGCAAGUCCUACUGAUCAAGGCUGUUUAAACAACGUCAGUUUUCGCUAA